AUGGUGAAGCCUGCUGGAGUGGCAACGGACUUGUCCAACAAUUACCUCUCGGGAACUUUGACUAAGCCACCACCUAGUUACGCCUCUCUGGGAGCCAACUGCUUCACGGCUUCACCUGCGGGGACCACCUGGUUGGCGGAGCAGCGGCCUGAGGCAGCGUGCCGGGCGUUCUGUGGCAUCUCCAUGCGCUCCAAUGCUGUUGCUGGUGGUGCUGCUUGUGGUGGCCAUGGGGUGUGUUAUCCCGACGGGCCUAGCUUGGCGCCCACCUGCUCGUGCAACACGGGGUUCGUUCCGUUUGGAAGCAUCUACUGCCUUGAGGAGGGCUCGAAUCUCACCUCCCCACUGGACAGGAACAUUCUCCCGCCAGCAACUGUGCUCACUAAGAGGACGAGGAAGGAAACCACAGGGGCAUUUGCAGAAGAGCCAGUGACCCUGUUCGUGUUUGAGAAAGGCUGGGAGGAUGAAGGGUGCGGGUUUGAGUUGGGAUUCAACGUCAACUUCACCUUUGCCCUUUCGCCUCAAGGCAAGGCGGCCUCCAACGGGUUUGCGUUUGUGGUGUCGGCAACAACCACGGUGGGGAGCAGCGAUGGCGUGGGGUACGGCGGGAUGGACCCCCGCAGCAUGGCGAUCGAGUUUGACAUGCUUCAGAACAUCCAGCAUCUCGACAUGAAAGAUCAGCACGUGGGGUUGAACAUCAACGGGCAGGACAUAUCAAUCGCGGCUGUGAAGUCGCCAUUCCCGCUGGCCAACAAGCAGGCAUACACGGCAUGGGUGGACUACCAGCCUGCCGAUCCCGGCACGAUCCAGGUCUUCCUCGCAAAUGGGGCAGUGAGGGCAGCAGGGAAGCCAGAGAAGCCGGUGCUGGAGAGGCGGGUGUCGCUGUGUGAGGUGCUGCGGGGAGGGGAGGAGGCACAGCUGCAGGCGUUCUACUUUGGCUUCGUGGCGUCCACCACCGUCAAGCCGUUCAUGAGCCAAAUCAUUCUCAAGUCCGCCAUGCAUACUGGUAUCUAG